AUGUUCCCCACAAAGCAUAUAAGUAAAAAACUACUUAACAACAACAUAACAUUGAAAAGAGCCAUGUCAACAGGAAUAAAACAUUACGAUUAUUUAGUUAUCGGAGGGGGAUCGGGUGGUGUCGCAUCCAGUAGAAGAGCCGCCUCAUACGGUGCCAAGACCUUGAUCAUUGAAGGAAAGGCCCUAGGUGGGACCUGUGUCAAUGUUGGAUGUGUUCCAAAGAAAGUCAUGUGGUAUGCUUCUGAUUUGGCAACGAGAGUGACACAUGCUAAUGAGUAUGGACUGUUUCAAGAUUUCCAAUUGACUAAGGAAAACUUAACAUUCAAUUGGCCACAGUUUAAGGAGAAGAGAGACGCUUACAUUCAUAGAUUGAAUGGCAUUUAUGAGAAUAAUUUGAACAAAGAAGGAGUGGAUGUCGUGUUUGGUUGGGCCAAAUUUAACAAAGAGGGUCAAGUCGAGGUCACUAAGAAAGAUAACACCAUUGAGACUUUCACUGCAGACCAUUAUUUGAUUGCCACUGGUGGUAAACCCGUCUAUCCUACGAAUAUUCCCGGGUAUGAAUUGGGUACUGAUUCUGAUGGAUUCUUCCGUUUGGAAAAGCAACCAAAGAAGGUGGUAGUGGUUGGUGCUGGGUACAUUGGUAUCGAAUUGGCUGGUGUGUUCCACGGAUUAGGAUCAGAAGCACAUUUAGUCAUUAGAGGUGAAACAGUGUUGAGAAAAUUUGAUCAAUGUAUUCAAGAAACUGUCACUGACCAUUACGUAAAGGAAGGUAUUAAUGUGCAUAAGACAUCAAAGGUGACCAAAGUGGUAAAGGAUGAAAAGACAGGGAAACUUACAAUUACUUUGGAUAGUGGUGAAGUUCUUACUGAUGUGGAUGAAUUGAUAUGGACCAUUGGGCGUAGAUCCUACCUAGGGUUCGGUUUAGAAAAUGUAGGAAUAAAACUAAAUGAAAGGGAGGAAAUUAUUACCGAUGAAUAUCAAAACACAAAUGUCUCUCACAUCUACUCAUUAGGUGACGUUUCAGGACGUGUUGAAUUGACUCCCGUGGCUAUCGCUGCCGGUAGAAAACUUUCUAACAGAUUAUUUGGUCCAGAAAAGUUCCGCAAUGAUAAACUAGAUUAUGAGAAUGUUCCAAGUGUCGUGUUCUCUCACCCAGAAGCUGGUGCCAUUGGUCUUACUGAAAAACAAGCCAUUGCUAAAUAUGGCCAAGAAAACCUAAAAAUCUAUAACACCAAAUUCACUGCCAUGUAUUACGCUAUGCUCAAAGAAAAGGCACCAACAAGAUAUAAGAUUAUUUGUGCUGGUCCAGAAGAAAAGGUUGUUGGUUUACAUAUUGUUGGAGAUUCCUCUGCUGAAAUCUUACAAGGUUUCGGUGUUGCCAUUAAGAUGGGUGCCACUAAGGCAGAUUUCGAUAACUGUGUUGCUAUUCAUCCAACUAGUGCUGAAGAAUUGGUUACUAUGCGAUAA